CUUGGACUGUGACUUUUUUAUUUAAAUAAUUAUUAGUCGCUCUGAUAGCGUCUGAGGCUUAUGCUGUACUGAGAGCUGUCUCCGCCCCCUUACAAAGCAUGUCACUGGUCUGGAACAGCAUGGAGACGAGUCAGUGAAGAAUGGGAUGGAGGUUCUGGAGGAAGAUUUAACAUGUCCCAUCUGCUGCUGCCUUUUUGAUGACCCACGCGUUUUACCUUGCUCACACAACUUCUGCAAGAAAUGUUUGGAAGGUAUCCUUGAAGGAAGUUCCAGGAAUAUGCCAUGGAGAUCAACAUCUUUUAAAUGUCCCACCUGCCGUAAGGAAACCUCCACAAUGGGUGUAAAUGGUCACCAAGUUAACUAUUUACUGAAAGGAAUCGUGGAGAAAUACAAUACAAUUAAAAUCGCACCAAAGAUGCCUCUGUGUAAGAUACACAGCGAACAGCCCCUUAAUAUGUUUUGCUCUACAGACUUGAAGCUCAUUUGUGGAAUGUGCGCCACAAAUGGUGAACACACCAGGCACACGUUUUCCUCCAUCGAAGAUGCGUAUGAAAAAGAAAGGAGUUCCUUUAAAACUCUCUUGCACAGCUUUGAGGAUUGGCAUGGUGGAGACGUACUCUCUCAUCUCGAUACUUUGGAGGCCAAUAAGAGGAAGAAUCUCCAUCUGCUGACCAGUGACUCAGAGCAGGUGAAGGCUUAUUUUGAAAAACUACAGCACGUGUUGGAACAGAAGAAAAAUGAGAUUCUCUCAGAUUUUGAAACCAUGAAGCUUGGAGUGAUGCAAGCCUACGAUCCAGAAAUAAACAAAUUGAAUACCGUACUCAAUGAGCAGAAGAAAGCAAGCAGCAUUGCUGAAGACUUUAAAGAUAUAUCUGAUCCUGUCAUCUUCCUGCAGCAAAUGCAGAAAUUUAGGGAAAAGAUCCAAUUAAUUAAAAAAGCAGCUUUACCGUCGCGGUCAGGUAUAAUUGUUACACCUACCACAAAAAAUUUUGAUACCAGUAUGUGGGAUAAUAUUAAAUUAGUAGAAGUUGAUAAACUUUCUUUACCUCAAGAAACACCCAGCAAAAAGUAUAACAGACGCAAAUGCCUACUAGUUUUUCUGGCACUAACCUUUUUUCUAGUAGGCAUUAUGGCACUCUGGGUAAUGCCAGUUCAUUUUGAUCACUUUCCAUACUUUGAUAUUCAAUAUUUGAAAUCUUCAAGUGUUCUAUUCACCACAGAUAUCACUGGCCGAGUUGUUUUUUAUUGGGAGCUAGUUGCUGAAGGAUUAUCUGUCCUAAGUAAAAAGUGCCAAAGCUAUACUAUGCGGUUUUUAGAAAUCAUGGCAGAACUGGUGUGUAAAUAUAAACUAUAAUAUGUACAGCAGCCUUUUGCUUGCCUAGAUACAGAAGAUCUCUGUAUGCUCAAUAUACGUUGACUAUUGUACAAUAUAUUAUGUGUAUGUAUGUAUAUAGAUAGAUAGAUAGAUAGAUAGAUAGAUAGAUAGAUAUAAAAGGGAUUUUACAUUUAUUAGGGUCUUAAAGAGACAGUAUAGUUAAAAUGAAACUUACAUGAUUCAGAUAGAGCAUCCAAUUUUAAGAAAUGUUCCAAUUAACUUCUGUUAUCUAAUUUAUUUUGCUCUUUGUUAAAAAUCCAGCUGCAGAGCAGCAAUGCACUAAUGGGAACUAGAUGAACACAUGUAGUGAGCCAAUGACAAGAUGACUGUGUCAUCAAUCACUAUCUGCCAGUAGUGCAUUGAUGCUCCAGAUCCUGACUUAGGUAUGCUUUUUAAUAAAUGAUACCAGUAGACCAAAGUAUAUUUGAUAAUAGAAGUAAAUUGAACUGUGUGCUCUCACUUUCAUGUCUCUUUUUAGUAUUUUAUGUUUAAAUGUAAGUUUGUGUUCAGUACUAGAGAAAAUCAGAUAUAUACAGACAAUAUACAGAAUAAUUAUUUUAUGUAUAACUAUGUGUGCGUAAUUGACAGUAUAGUGGUAACUUGCAUAAAUAGAGACAAUCUUAGCAAAUAUGGCAACAUGCCUUAAAAGGAGAAAUUGUUUUUCCCUUAAUGUGUUUCCAAUUACUUUUUUUACCAACUGCAGAGUAUAACAUGUAUGAGAAUUUGCGUUUUAAGCUUUAUUUGUGUUUAUGUAAUAGCUGAUUUUGUGUGUUAAAGCCACAACCUAAUAAAUGGGUUGAGCUUGUAGGUUUA